AUGGAGGUGAGCCCCACCGAGCUGAUGAACAUCCUCAACAGGGUCGUCACCCGCCAUCCCGACCUGAAGACCGACGGCUUCGGGCUGGACACGUGCCGGAGCAUGGUGGCCGUCAUGGACAGCGACACCACCGGGAAAUUGGGGUUUGAAGAGUUCAAGUACCUCUGGAACAACAUCAAGAAGUGGCAGUGCGUGUACAAACAAUUCGACAGCGAUCGCUCGGGCACCAUCGGGCCCCAGGAGCUGCCGGGGGCCUUCGAGGCCGCAGGGUUCCGGCUGCCCCCCCAACUUUGGGCGGUUUUGGGGCGUCGCUACGGGGACGAGGG